UGGUAUUUGAUGACUGUCAAGAAAAUCACAAAUUGGACUUUGAAGUUUCCAGCCCAGACUUCAAGGUGGAACCCAAUGGAGAUUUAGUUGCACUGAGAAAUUUAUCAGAUGCUGAGAGAGCUUUAGUCAUCCGGGCACAGUCAGCCUGGGCAGAAGAUACAGUGGAGGUAUUGAUUGUCGGCAGGAAAGAAAAAUCUGGUUCUUUAAAGGAGCUCUUUAAAGCAGAAGAUGGCCCUGGGAGCGUACGGCAAAGAAGAUCCAUUGUUGCACCUCCAAUUUUAAUUCCUGAAAAUCAGAGACCUCCAUUCCCAAAACCUGUAGGCAAG